AUGCCUCUCCAAAUUUUAAACUUCCAAUGGCUCGUCGGUGUUGCUCUAAUAGGUACAACUGUGGCAUACAUUGCCUUCACCAGAUCAAGAGGAGGCCGUGCCCGCAAAGCAUCGACAGCAAAGACACCACCACGCUCGUUGUCCCCGGAGAAGAAGCAGCCAUCGUCCCCAGCAGGAUCUGCCACAGCUUACAAAGAUGUCCUACCGCCUCUACGAAGAGACGCAAUGCUCAGCAUGCAAAGCAGCAUACCAAAGACAGCAUCAACGCAUAUCAAUGAAGAGCAUGUGCUCAAAAACAUUUUGCCCAUGACUCAGAAUUAUGAAACUGCCGAAGACGGGCUUUUUACAUGUAUGGGGUUCUCGGUUCAGGAGGUUAAAGAGAUGGGAGACCUUCCGGAUUAUUCUACGCUGAGCGGUGUGCCGCUGCCGAAUGCUUACGAGCAGUUCAAGAUUGAGAAGGCUUUGCCUCGUCCGUAUCGGCCGUUCAGGUGGAAUUAUCAUCAAACUAUGUCAUUGAAGAAACUCGAGACAGAUUGGUGGGUUGAACUCGAAAAUACGUACAAAGAACGAAUCGCUCAGCGCAAGGAAUUAUAUGAGAGACAUGGGAGAGAUGUGCUUGACUGGAUGCCAGGAUCGGAGCUUGCCUGCAAAGAAUUGAUGGAGAUGGUUUUGCAAUUUAUCUGCGCUCGGUAUCCCCAGUACUUCUCCAUUAGGAACAACCGCAUCUUGGUAAACAAAAUCCUAGAGACGGAGCAGGAUAUUCGCUCCAAGCAUCCGUUAGAAAUCCUCAUGGAUAAUGUCCCCGAAGACUUUGCUAUCACUUUGAGAGAUGACAAAACCGGUUAUUAUGUCUUUCGUGCGGGCGUGAUCUGCUCAUCGCUCGGUUGGAAUGUCGGUACCAAGAUUGGACUCCAAUUGCAUGAGAUUCAUAAAAUUGUACCCGACUACAAAGAGAAGAUGAAGUUUUCCAUGGAUAGAUUCUUCACAAAAAUGCCAGCGGACAAGCCAAUUCAACGCGGUUCAUGGGGCUUGGAAAUUGAUCAACCGCUGUAUAUGCCAGCAGGACACCCGCAUGAGAAGCUGAGAUUAUCGCAAAAUCCAGAUCUUGCUCUUGCCGAUUGCUUCCUUCGAGUUGACUGGCAGACAUUACGACGUCUCCCCAUCUCCGGAGCCAUCGUCUUCAACUUCAAGGCGCUGUUCACGCCAGUUCAGGAAUUCAGAGAUGAGCCAAAGGUACCCGCAUUGAUCGCCAAGGUUCUCCGUGGCGGAAAGGAGAAUCUUAUGAAGUAUAAGGGCACAUGGCAUGUCGAGCAUGUUAUGCUUCCUGCAUUGGACAAAUGGAACCAAGAGCAGGAGGACAAUGAUAUCAUUGAGAGAAAUUGGGAGGUGACCACAUUAGAUGAAGAUCCAUGGUUCAAAGGCUGGGAAGAGAAGUGGCACCGUCAACAGGGCUUCUAG